CAAACAAAAUAGCAACCAAACACAGUACAAAUUGAUCAAGGCUCUCUCUGCUCUUGUGUCACCUCCCUUCCUCCAUAAUAAAAGAUCGAACCAAAAAGCUGUGUUUCCUACUCUGUUUCCCCUUCGAAUCAUCUUGUCAUCGUUUGAUCAGAUCUUCAUGAAGAUUUUCCUAUUGAAGUUUGGACAACAACCCUUUGAUGAAAUGCCACCAGUUUAAAUAAGUGAAAUAAAUUGGGUGAACCCGCUUCCAUGGGAGAUCCUACGCAUAAGUCUGUUAGAGAUCAAGGGCAAGGGCAAGGGAAGACUGUUGUUUACAAGGGAAAAACAGUUGCCUCUGAUCAUAAAUCAUUUCCUCGGAGUGCUUGCAAGCUUAUAGUUUAUUCAAGACAUGGUACUGGCCCAGUUGGUCAGGUAGCAAUAUUUUUACUCAAAGUUGCUACGUUAGAGACGGUACGAAGGGUUUCGAGGUCUAAAUGUCCCCAGGUGUGGAAUGGUCUUCAGGCUUUGCAACUCCUUUGCUAUCCACCUUUUAAGUGGAUUCAAAGAUGGGCUCCCUUCAAGGGUUUGGUUAAAGGUGUACAGAUGUUUUCGAGUCCAUUAUUAGUCCUUUCAGUUGCAACUGCUAUAUCCGAUCAAUCAAACUGCAGCGGUGAAAACUCAAAUGGCUCCAAUAAUUCUCAUGAAGCUGAUUCAGAAACAUGUUCUGAGUCACUCUCUGUACUUUCCUCUUUUGAAACAAGGACUUCUGACGUGGCCUCUCAAAGUCUAGCAUCUGAAAUUUGGUUGAUACAACUGUACAGGGAGCUAGAAAAUCAAGGAAUUGCAUUACCAGAAAGAAUUAAUGAGGACGAGCUCCGUAGAUUUUACUCUGCUGCAAAUGGGGACUUUUCGAGCUUUUUAUUGUCAAUAAAGAAGACAAUCCGUUGGAGGGAGACUUACAGAAUUCUUUCACAACAAGAGCUUGAAAACUGGUCAAAUAUGGUCUUCUGGCAUGGUCUUGAUGUGCUGAACCGACCUUGCCUCAUUGUGCGGCUUGGUCUAGCUUGCGCCAACUUUCCAUCUCAUGAGAGAGCUCGCUUCGCUCAAGCCAUUAUAUCUCAGGUAGAGCAUGGAAUCCUGCAUUUAGUUGAUGAAGAUAGUCCUCAGAUUACCGUUCUCGUGGAUUGUGAUGGGCUAUCACCAUUGAAAAUACCUAUGCAAAUGAUGAGAUCCUGCUCUUCACUUCUGCAUGAUAACUUCCCCAACCGCCUUGGUCAAUUGGUUGUUAUACGGCUUCCUCCAGUAGUUCGAGUUAUUGCUCAAACCUUUAUCCAAGUUCUAAAACCUGUCACAAGGAAGAAGCUGAGAAUUGAAGGGAAAAUGUACCACAGGGUUCUCUUGGAGUGCCUUAAGACACUCCCAUCAUGUCUUGGAGGUAAUUGCAGUUGUGAGAUAUGUUCAGACGUUCGCAUUAUGCAGCAGCCACAAUCUACAAAUGAGAUCAACACAGCCAGUCCAUUUUUUAGUGGUGGUGGGGAAGAUCUUCCUUCACCACAUCUGACUACCCAGGCUGAUGUUCAUGUUAAUGAUAACUGGAACCACCUGUUGAGAACUCUUGUAAUUGGCAUUCUUAUGGUGUGGGUUGUUGUAGCUAUCCUUGCGGGAAUAUAUGAUCCCGAAAGCUGUCUCUUUCAGUUUCCUCAAGGAAAAGAGUGAAGCAGACCUUCUGAUUUCUCUUGCUGCUUUCAUAAUUUUCAGGUUAGCUUUUAUCGUAUACACCAUAAAAAUGUCAGGAUAUUGUUUUUUUUUAAAAAAAAAUUGUUGUUUCUGCUUGUUGAAUAUCCGGUAUUCUUGUAUUCAUAGUUGAGAAUGUAUAUUAUUGUUGUCUGUAUUCAUGGUCUUACUAGCAUUGUAUUUUAUCUAUAGCUGAAUGCAAUCUUCCAAGGAAGCAAUUCUCUUUUACUCA